CUAAACUCCUCCCGGUCACUGCGCGGACAUAAUGUGGCCAACACCAGCCUGACAGACACACCGCACACAGGGGACCCUAUAUAAGCUCUGCAGCUGUCAGGUGGAGGACACUGGCUGCUCUGCACUGUGGGGGAAGCGACUCGCUUUAGGGGAUUUACAGCUCGACAUACUCAUAGAUCCAAAUUGUAGCAAUGGCUCACGGUUGGGGAUACGCAGCGAACAACGGACCCGACAAAUGGGCUGAUAACUUCCCCAUUGCCAAUGGACCCCGUCAGUCUCCCAUUGACAUCGUACCUGGCGAAGCAUCCUUCGACGGGGGGCUGAAGGCUCUCAAGAUCAAGUACGACCCUUCCACCUGCCUCGAGAUCCUCAACAACGGACAUUCCUUCCAAGUGACCUUCGUAGAUGACUCCGACAGCUCAACUCUGACAGAUGGACCGAUCUCUGGCGUCUACAGGCUCAAGCAGUUUCAUUUCCACUGGGGGGCUUCUGAUGACAGGGGCUCUGAGCACACUGUGGCCGGGACCAAAUACCCUGCUGAGCUCCAUCUGGUGCACUGGAACACCAAAUACGCGAGCUUCGGUGAAGCUGCUAGCCAGCCUGAUGGGCUCGCUGUUGUUGGAGUUUUCCUGAAGGCCGGUGCUGAUAACGCCGCCCUCCAGAAGGUUCUUGACGCUUUCAACGUCAUCAGGAACAAAGGCAAGCAGAGCUCCUUUGCUAACUUCGACCCCGCCACCCUGCUCCCCGGUUGCCUUGACUACUGGACUUAUGAUGGCUCUCUGACCACACCCCCUCUGCUGGAGAGCGUUACCUGGAUCGUCUGCAAGGAGCCAAUCAGCGUCAGCUCUGCUCAGAUGGCCAAAUUCCGCAGCCUGCUCUUCUCCGCUGAGGGCGAAGCCGAGUGCUGCAUGGUGGACAACUACCGCCCUCCCCAGCCGCUCAAGGGUCGCCCUGUCCGUGCUUCCUUCAAGUAAUAACCCUUCCCCCUCUUUUGCCCUUUCUGCCCUGUUGCCCUCUCAACCCCUUCCUCCCCCCCCUCCCAAUAAUAGUGCGACACCCAGAGUUACCUCUCUUGCAGUGAGCCACAAAGCACACAUAUCUCUCUCCGUCCAGUUCAUAAAAGAAAUAAAUUUCCUCGUGGCCCAUUGCUGUCAGCGCUGGGCUGUCGAACCCGUGAGACGGAGCGCUUGCAGGAUUUGCAUCUCUGUUUCUAUGUGUGUAACAAGCCAGCAAAAAUACCCCUGUUGUAAUUUAUUUUUAACAGACAAACACAUCACGGUGGCUGCGACACACUCACCAGGAUUCUGCAUUUGCUAUCAGUGUUUUUUUGUUUUUUUUGUGUGUCGCCCACUCCGAGGAUGAAAAACGAAUUAUAGUCAAAAUGGUGCUCUCGAGCUAGCAGGAAGCAGAAGCGAUUCGCGGUGGGCAACUAUUACACCAUCUGCGAGGAGGGUACGGCGCGAGUAAAAAGACACACAAAGAGACACGCAGGACUCCAGCACUGCCAGUCUGUGUGUGUAAUCUCUGACCGACUGCCAGCUUCUGCAUCACAGCGGCUUAAUGAAACGCUGCAGCCGCCUCCAUCACAACCGAUUGACUCAGAAAAUCCCCCUCUGGCUCACGCACACACACACAUGCACAGCGUUGCACACACACAGCAACACGCAGACAUGAUGCCUAUAGGCACUGACCUGCUUAUUGAUCUGAGUUGUACAACAAAGGGCGUGAUGAUGUCUGCUGCUGAUGCUAGCUGCCGAACACCAUGACAGUGACUUAUUUCUCUGUUUUUGCAUCUUCAGAUUUUUUUCAUUUGUGCUUGUCAUCCCAAGUCGUGUUUGUAUUAUUAUUAAUAUUAUUAUUAUUAUGAUGGAUUAUGUCUUUUUUUUUUAGCCUGAAAGCUUAUGCAAAAUAAGUCUUAAGUGAUUCCUAAAUUAUGUUUUGUAACCAAAAUCUCUUCCUGCUCUUGAAGCCCUGAUCAUACAGCAAUAGAGAAGACUAAUCCUCCUUUGUGAAAUGAAUUGUAACGUGGAGAAAAAGCCCUUCAUGUGUUUUUUUUUUUGUUUUGUUUUUUUCACACCUCAGUGUGUGGAGUGCUAAUGCUUAAAAACGCACAGUCAUUUUGUGGGUGAUGCCGUAGUGGCUAACGCACAAAGCCAAGGAAGGAACGACCCUGCUAGGGAAGCCAAUGAAAGAAAAAGAAACCUGCCAACAGACAAGAUUAUAGUGUCAUUGUGGUGUCAGACCCUGCACGGGUGAAUAAUUAACAAAAGACCACGUGAGGCCCUGAAGAAGACCUCUGUAUGCAUUUCUGAAACAUUGAAGAUGUUUGGCUAAAGAGAUGUGUUUCCAGUCAGAUUGUAAAUAAUAAUAAAAACAAAAUCGCCUUAUGCCAAUCACUAUUAGGGCCGUCCCAGGAGUAUGUGUUGUUGUCAUUCUAUUUUGGAAGUGGACGUUUUACUAGUUAAAUAAAUCUAUUUUAUGACUAA